AUGACACAAACCAGAAGUGUUUCUGCAGAGCGGAACAAACCUGCUGAGUGGAUGGAUGUAACGAUCAAAAACACUUUGUUUGUUUGUUUGUAUUGAUUAAAAAUAGUCUGGAGCAUUUCUUUUAAAUGUCCGUAUGACGUCUGACGUCUGAGAUGAGCGUCACUUUGGAUAUAAGACUGAAAAGAGCGAACAAAGUUUAUCAUGAAGGGGAAGCGGUGUCCGGUGUCAUCGUGCUGGUGUGUAAGGAGGCGCUGCAGCAUCACGGCAUCACCCUGAACAUGGAGGGCGUGGUGAACCUGCAGCUGAGCUCCAAGAGCGUCGGUGUCUUCGAGGCUUUCUACAACUCUGUCAAGCCCAUCCAGCUGAUCAGCAGUAACAUCGAGGUGGCGAAGGCAGGAAAAAUCCCAGGAGGCAAAACUGAGAUCCCCUUUGAGUUCCCUCUGAUCACGAAAGGCAACAAAGUGCUGUACGAGACCUACCACGGCGUCUUCGUCAACAUUCAGUACACCCUCCGCUGUGACAUGAAGCGCUCCCUGCUGGCCAAAGACCUGAGCAGGAACUGUGAGUUCAUCGUGCACUGUCAGCCUCAGAAAGCCAAAGUUGUUCCGACUCCGGUCAACUUCACCAUCACUCCUGACACCCUGCAGAACACCCGCGAGAGGAGUUCACUGCCAAAGUUUCUAGUCAGGGGACAUUUAGACGCCACCAACUGCGUGAUCAGCCAGCCGCUGACCGGAGAGGUGGUGGUGGAGAACUCAGACGUCCCCAUCAAGAGUAUUGAACUGCAGCUUGUGCGAGUAGAGACCUGUGGUUGUGCUGAAGGUUACGCCAGAGAUGCCACGGAGAUCCAGAACAUCCAGAUAGCUGAAGGUGACGUCUGCCACGGCCUCUCUAUUCCCAUCUACAUGGUCUUUCCCAGGCUGUUCACCUGCCCCACACUGGAGACCACCAACUUCAAAGUCGGUCAGUAAAGGCUUUAAGCUUUA